UACUGUCAGCAUGAAUAACGGGGGGCACCAACACCCACUCCCUGACGCGGGCAUGAUGUUUGAGGAUUCGUCCCUGGACAACCUGGACCCCUCUCUGACCGAGAGCAGCGAGAUCGAUAACGCGCUGCUCAGUGACAUUGAUGGUGAGUGAUGGACAGGGCUCGGCGCUUUCGGCAUGGGCUUGCAUCAGGCGGCGUCCCCGGGAACGGCGGGGCAACAGGCCUGAGAAUGACCAUUGGCACGGGGGCUGAAUCCACAUCUGUGCCGCUUCUGGAUGGACACUUGCAGAUUUACGACUGGGUAGCAGCAAAUUGGGAAACAAUUAAAUUGUAUUUCGUUUAAUGUUUGAGAGUACCUGUGCAGUUUCUAAUAUAAGUGAAUUAAAUGUUACGUUGUUGAUUAAUUAUCAACAAAUGUUUAAUUAUCGCAAAUGUAUUUGUUCCCUUACAAGAUUUUAUAUUGCUUUUUUGUGUAAUUUCAAACAGACGAAGUUUGUGUUUGAAUUGCAUUUGUAACUAACUCCAAAUGCUGUCCCUGUGGCUAGACUUACAUUAUCAUAAGUUAGUUUGUAAGUCUGUGUUUUAGAAAAGACCUGUAUUUUAAACAAUAGCAUAAAACACAGACUUCUUCAAUUACAGAAAUAAUGUUAUAGUAAAUUAUAUUUGCUCGGGAUUAUGCUAAAAUAACACAUUUGUAGAUUUGUUUAAAUUAUUGAUAGUGCGCGAAGUUUUGACCAGCUGAUGUUUUUAACGUGGGAGACAGAUAUGCUUUAACCCUCGUGCUGCAGCUUAGGCGAGAUCAUACUUGCUGAGUCGUGUGUUCGCUUGAACCGAGCCCCUUUCACCCUCUCAGGCAGUGACAUCAUGCCAGGGUUACUAGCGGUUAUUGCCUUGUGCUGCAGGGGACUUCUCAAGUUCAUCUGCUCGCAGUCACGUACAGCAGCCACGAAACCAAAUCGGUAUCUUUGAUGCCUAUUUUUUUAAAUAAAACGCGAAUUUUUGUAAUUCGUCCUGAUGCAUUUUAAAACAAAAUAUCUGAAUUGACACUGAAUGUUCACGAUAUUAAAAUGUAGUCCUUUUGAGGAUUCUUUAAAGGAGCAAACCUUUCUGAAAGUGCAAGUGUCGAAAUGUUAGACCUAUAGCUUUUAAAUGCAGCAAGUGUAUUACAGAUGCGGUGGAAUGAGCUUGCCCGAUAGUAACCUUCGAUUAUUCACUUUUCUGAAUUAAUCAAUGUUCCUGCCAAUGUACACAGUUAAACAAAUUCUUUCUGUCUUGUCUGCGAGCUAAGCCAAACAUAGCAAGCGACUGCAACUUGCAGUGAUUGGUUCAACCGGAUCACCUCAUGGAAAAAAAUGAUUCCAAUAUCCGCCCCUAAAUUUGAAUACAGUCAGUGUAUUUUUUCUUGGAAGGUGGCGGUGCAGACAAGAAGUAAAACAGCUCUGUAUCCUUAACUGCUUUGCAAAUAUGUUUGCAUGCUCUGAUCUGAAACGCUUGGUAGAUAAUAUCUUAAAUAUGUUCAUGAAUGAAGAUGUGCCUCAGAUCAAUAAACUCAUGAAGUUCUGAUUACUGAUUGCAGUCAUGGAUUGCACGUUUGAAGAUAUGUUGCAGAUGAUUAACAACCAGGAUGGAGAAUUCCCUGGGCUGUUUGACAACCACUUUGGCACUAGCACCCCACUGCAAGAUAGUAGUUCUUCAGUCCUGCCUAACCAAGGGUUAUUGAACAUGUCCCUUGAUAGCCUCGUGGGCAAUAGUGGGAAGGCUCAAACCCCUGUGAAAAUGUACCAGAGUCCUCAGCUCCAGCAACAGCUUCAGCAUUCGCAGCAGUCACAGCUCCUUCAGGCCCCUUCAACACAACAGGUCAAACAAGAAGCUGUUCAGUUGCAACAGAGCCAACAGCAGCCUCUCAUGAUGGCACAGAAUUUUACAGGUUCUCCACAAUCACAGCCACAGUUUGUGCAGCAGCAACAGCAGCCUUUGGUGGGAUAUCAGAACUCCAAUGGGUUUACAGCUCUGCAGCAGGGGAUGCCUACCCAACAGCUCCAGGGUCUUGCAGUUCCUCAGCAGCUGCAGCCCAUGACCAUUCAGGCCCAGGUACAGAAUAUUCCUACUCAGCAUCUUUUAACGACUGCCACAGCCAGUUCUACACCAACUGUUUCAACACAGCUGCAACAAGUUCCAGUACUUUUUCAGCCUCAGUUCAUUAAAGCUGACUCAUUGCUUUUGACGGCUUUGAAGCCAGAUGGAUGUACUGUUGUGACAUCAGUAAAGUCGUCUGCUGUAUCAACUUUGUCAACAGCCACUACUCCCAUUCAAACUACAUCCCUGCAAAUGCCAGCUCUGGUCAGUGGGAACACAAUCCUGACCACAGUGCCUCUGAUGGUGGACACCGACAAGCUUCCCAUCAAUCGUAUACCUGCAAGCGGCAGAACCUGUAACGCAUCAAACAAAGGGGAAAAACGCACAGCACAUAAUGCUAUUGAGAAGCGUUACAGGUCAUCUAUUAACGACAAGAUUGGGGAGCUGAAAGACCUUGUUGUUGGUACUGAAGGAAAGUUGAACAAAUCAGCAAUACUGAGGAAAGCUAUUGAUUAUAUUCACUUCUUACAACAAGCUAAUCAGAAGUUGAAACAAGAGAACAUGCUAUUAAGAGUGGCAGCCCAGAAGAACCAGUCUCUGAAAGAAAUAGUGGCUUCCACGGGAAUGAGUCAGGAUACAGUAACAAAUGGAUUCAAGCAGGAACCUGAUCUGCUUAGCCCACCACCAUCUGAUGCUGGUUCACCACCUCAAAAUAGCCCAUUUUCUGUCAGCAGCAGUGAUUCUGAGACAGACAGCUCAAUUUUUGAUGAUACCAAGAUGUCAGUUAAACAAGAGCAGACACUGCCAACUAGUGCUGGCAUGUUGGAUCGAUCUAGGAUGGUACUUUGUACCUUUGUCUUCCUUUGCCUCUCCUUUAACCCUCUGGCAUCAUUGAUGGGUGAAUCGGACAUCAGGCUGGCAGAGAGUGGAGAAUAUCAUGGACCAGGCAGAAGCACGCUGGGAUUUUCUGUAGAAGCCUCUUCCAGUUGGUUGCCCUGGGUGUGGCCAACACUGGUCCUCUGGUUGAUUAAUGGAAUAAUUGUCCUGAUCGUAUUCAUUAAGAUUUUUGUAUACGGUGAGCCAGUCACUCGGCUGCACUCUGAAUCAUCUGUCCUCUUUUGGAGGCACCGCAAGCAGGCUGAUCUGGAUCUGGCAAGGGGGGAUUUUCCACAGGCUUCCCAGAACCUCUGGGUUUGUUUGAAAGCGCUGGGGCGCCCCCUGCCAACUUCCAAUUUAGAUUUUGCCUGCAGCCUGAUGUGGAACAUCAUCCGGCACAUCCUGCAGCGACUGUGGAUAGGGCGCUGGUUUGCUGCACAGGCGGGAGGCUUCUGGCAGAACCAAGAGCUGAAGGAUGACAUGAAGAAGUGCACUCGGGAGGCUGCUCUGGUCUAUCACAAGCUGCAGCAACUUCACAUGACAGGCAAAUUGGGUGGCAGCUACCUAUCUGCAAUUAACAUGGCAUUGAGUGCAGUAAACCUUGCUGAAUGUGCUGGAAAUGCCAUCUCCGUUGCUACCAUGGCAGAGAUAUAUGUGGCAGCAGCGAUUCGCGUUAAAAUCAGUCUGCACAGGAGACUCCAUUUCCUGACUCGAAUCUUCCUGAGCAGCGCCAGACAGAUCUGUCUGUCGCAGAGUGGAACCAUACCGCCCGCGAUGAAAUGGCUGUGCCACCCUCAGGGCCAUAGAUUCUUUGUUGAUGAGGACUGGACUGUCAAAAGCACUCAUAAAGACAGCAUUUAUAGUGUUACUGGAAACCCAGUUGAUCCAUUGGCUCAGGUAACUCAAGCUUUCCGAGAACACUUGCUGGAAAAGGCAUUAUAUUGCAUUGCUAGACCGGAGAACGGCAAGCCAGUGACUGGAGAGGGAGGCCAUUUUGUCAUAAAAUCCAACUCCUGGGUUGCUCCGAGCUGGACUCCAUGGAUAGCGUUGGCGAAUGAGGAGUACCAUGCACGAGAGUUCUCAGAUGCUCUUGAGUAUUUACAGCUGCUGAAUAGUUGUUCCGACGCUGCUGCUGUCACCACACAAACCUUUGCUAUUGGCUCGAGUAUGGCGACUGUCACCGGUACUGAUCCAGUAGCAAAGUGGUGGGCUUCCAUGAUUGUUGUUGCCAUCAACUGGUUGCAUGGUGAUGGCGAGGCAGCAGAGCGUCUGUAUCCUGUGGUGGAGUGCAUGCCAAAGCUUCUGCACGCAACUGAGAGCCAGUUGCCAAGAGCAGCGCUGUUCGCAUUCAAAGCUGCGCGUGCCAUUUUGGGGAAGCAGGAUGGCAGCCAGAUGAGCCUCUUGCACUGUGAAAAGGCCAGUGGGUACCUGAGGGACAGUCUCAAUAUGGCAUCCUCCACCAGCAACAGUAUUGAUAAGGCUGUGCAGAUGUUGCUGUGUGAUCUUCUGCUUGUCACCAGGACCAGUGUAUGGCAGCAACAGUUCACUGGGAGUCAGGCAGUGAGUGCCAUGCAUCAGGCAUCUCCGCUUGAGCUGAGAGGCUUUCAGCAGGACCUGAGUAGUCUCAGAAAGCUAUCCCAGACUUUCAAACCUGCUCUCCGUAGGGUGUUCCUGCAUGAGGCAACAGCCAGGUUAAUGGCAGGAGCCAGUCCAACCCGUACUCACCAACUAUUAGAUCGCAGUCUCAGGAGGCGGGUCACAAAUCCGAUUCCCAAAGGUGGCGAGACUGAGACACACCCUGGACAACGGGAGCAUGCUGAAGCCCUCUUACUUGCAUGCCGCUAUCUUCCACCGAGCUUCUUGUCUGCACCAGGCCAGCGAGUUGGUAUGCUGGCUGAAGCAGCCCACACACUGGAAAAGAUUGGUGACAAAAGGACUCUUCAUGACUGCCAGCAGAUGAUCAUGAAACUGGGCAGCGGCACCACAGUCACCACAACUUAAUAUGGUGCUACUUUUAAGCAAGGCCCCACCUCUUCCCUGAAAGCACUGUGACUGUUGUGUACAUGGCCCUCAAGAAGCAGCACUGCCCUUUUAAUUUCAUAUUAAAAUAAUGAUUUGGUAAAAUAAACAUAUUUUCAUAGGUUAAAGAGUCUGUACAUAAAAAAAAAUAUUUAUAAUUUUUUAAGGUCAAAAGUCAGGAGGCAGCAAAUUCACUUUUGUAGAAUUAAAAGCACUUGUCUGUUUCGGAGCUUAGCUUCUCCUAUAAUGCUGCACAGUGAAAAAGCUAUUCUGAGCUGCAUUCUGUGCAAUAUACAGUACUUUUAUAUAAUUAAAAUAACCCACAUGAAAGAAUACAAUGUAUUUGU